UUUGAUUUUUUUUUUUUUACUCAAUUCUCGUCAGAUCUCGAUGCCAAUGAGUUGGAAAAUUGGUGACGGAAUUUCAACGGCUCAAAAACCGACAUACAAACCAAGCAGAUAACCAAAUUCUUCGCGGGUUGGGAUGGUGUUCGAAGAUCUGCCGGGAUCGCGAUGCUCGUUGGGCGUACUGAAUAUUGAGUUUGUUUAUAAAAGGCAGCGCUGAAAAUGUCUAUCACUGAACCCACCAUCGUCUUCGAAAAGUGCCGAACAAAAACCAGAACAAAAGAGCUAUGGACGCCUCAACCCUUGCCUACCUCCUGGAGUCCGCUCUUCUCAGAGACCCUCGUCAGCAGCCGUCGUCAGAGACCCUCGUCAGGACCCGCGCCCUUAAGCUGAACGGAUCGGAUUGCCUGCUGCGCCACAUCUCAGUUUCUGAGAAUUGGGACACCACCGGGGACAAUAUCGACCCGGGAUUCGCCCCCUUCAACUGCGUGGAACGGACCACCGUCAAAACGAAAAACACCGCCAAGAGCUUUCACUUGCGGAUGCCGAUGCAUGGGAAGGUGAAGGAAGACGUGGUGGUGAGGGUGGAUGGCUCGGUGCUGCGGGUGGACGCCAAGGAGCCGGGAUUCGAGCACCCUGUGGGGAGGUACUUCGUUCAGCUGCCUAUGCACAUGUGCAAGCGCGAGGAGAUUAGGGCUGUGAUGGGGGACGAUGGUGUUCUUGAGCUGGUGGUUCCAAAGAACAAGAAGAAGAAGGAAGCUGGGGCUGUGAUUGAGGUGACGAUUAACAAGCAGCAACCCACCAUCGUCUUCUUCAAUUCAAUCAUGCCGACCAAACUGAACAGAAGAGUGAAAGGGAAAGGAAAAAAAGAGAGAGGAAACGCACCAUCAACAUCAUCAUCCUCAUCUUCACGGGAACCAGCAAUGGACGCCUCAGCCCUUGCCGAACUCCUGGAGUUCGCUCUCCUCUCCCGCUCAGGCUUAUGCCCGCCGCCGGCGUCGGUUUCUGAGAAUUGGGACACACCCGAGGACAAAAUCGACGAGGGCUACAACUGCGGGGAUGAGGGAAUCGCCAAGACGAAGAACACGCCCGAGAGCGUUCACAUGAGGAUGCCGAUGCAUGGGACGGCGAAGGAGGACGUGGAGGUGAGGGUGGAGGGUUCGGUGCUCCUGGUGGACGCCAAGGAGGCAGGCGGCGAUCGGGUUGUGGGGAGGUACAUCGUUGAGCUGCCUAUACACAAGUGCAAGGUGGAGGAGAUCAGGGCUGUGAUGGGGGAAGACGGGGUGCUCGAGCUGGAGAUUCCCAAGAAGAAGAGCGAGGAUGGGGACGUCAUUGAGGUGACUAUCGAGUAGGUUUUUUAAGCAGCAGUUUUAUUUUUAGUUGAAUAAUGAUGUUUGGUAUUCAGUUAUUUUCCUUUUGAUUAUGGUGAUGGAACUUUGGAUAUUAUGCCUCUGUUUAUGCUGCUGCUGUUGCUUGAUUUGUGAUUUGUAUUUUGUGGGGAUUGUGACUGCUGAGAAUUGAAUGGUCUGUUAUGUGAGUUGUUUUGCAAGUUUCAUUAAUUUGCAGUUGGCCUUUUUUUC